UAAACAUAGAAGCAGUUUUAGAUAAAAACAAAGGUACCAAUGGCUGAAGUAGAUCGUCAAGCUGUGAUUCUCGAUUCAAUUGACUCGUUGCGAAGGCGUAAAGCUCGGCCAGAUUUGGAGCGAAUUUGUCACAUGGUGGAACGCAAAUAUGGAUUGACCGGGGUUGAUGUGAUUACAGAGUUAGAUCGACUGGUCGACGAAGAUAUUGUCAUAAAAGUGGAUUACAAAGGCAAUACGAGCUACCGAAAUGCUGCCAAGUGGUGUAAAAGUCGCUUGGGCGGGUACCAACUCAACUCAAAUGACGCUACAAGGUCUAUUCUGGCAGCGAUUGAGAAAUUGACCGUCCCGGAGUCAAUGAAAGAGCCUGGUCAAGUUUUAGAGGAUGAUAAUUGCACCCUGAAUGGCGAGCCGACAAAAAGAAAUAACGCGCUUGGAGGCGCAAGUUUGGAGGACAUUGAGAAGUCGUUUGCAGAUGAGAAUCCAGACACCAAGUUCACUAGGAGGUACUUGGAGGAGGCUCUCAAGAGAGAAGUUGGUGCAAGAAGGCUCUAUAUUAGUCCCACCAACAAAUACGUGCUGGCCAAAUAUGCCGUUUCCUAUGAAGAUAAAGAGUCGUUUCAAUUGAAACGGGGCCCUCGGCCAUCAAAACGAAAGCGCAUCAGGAAGACACAUGGCCCAGACUUCGAGCAGGAGCCCCUGAUAAAAACCUCCAUGUGGGACCAAAGAUGUGAUUACUGCACUUUACCUGCUAGCUGCAACAAGUUCGGAGAUAAAGAGGAACUUCUCGUCUGCAAGGACUGCACUAUAAAAGUUCAUCCUUCGUGCAUGAAGUAUUCCCGCCAACUCGCAGAACGAUCACGAUUAUCACCAUGGCAAUGCAUCGAUUGCAAGACGUGUCACGUGUGUAACGAUGCAGGCGACGCGGAUACUCUACUCUUUUGCGACUCGUGUGAUAAGGGCUACCACAUGGCAUGCCACAACCCCAAAGUGGAAGAGAAACCACUCGGAAGGUGGGUUUGUGAGUUGUGUGCAAGUGAAGACAUGGAAAUCGGCAGUAAUUUUACAGAUGAAGAUUCGGUUAUCUCGUCCUCAGGGAGCGCCGGUUCUCAUAUAGAAGAAAAAAAUGAUUCGGUGAAAAAAGAAUCUUCUGAAACAUCGGGUCAGGUUACUCCUGACGUCGCGACUCCCAACCAAUCUAGAGUAGCCAACCUACCCGUACAGUCAGCUCAGGCUAAUACCUCAUCCUCUUCACCGCCUGGGACCAGCCAUCCAAAGCAUCCAGCUCACUGGUCUCUCGAAGAUGUCGUCAAACUCCUUCAGGAGAAAGGGUUUAAGGAGCAAGCAGAAAGUUUUAGGGAUCAGGAAAUCGAUGGCCAUGCGCUCCUUUUGCUGCGACGUUCAGACGUCCUGACUGGCCUGUCAUUCAAGCUUGGCCCCGCCCUCAAGAUUUAUGAAAUCGUUAGCAAGCUCCAGCUAGUACAAGCCAAAGACUCUCCGAUUAAAGCAAAGACCAAAUCAUCGCUGCAAACAACAUCAAAAUCUUCGUCGUCGUCGUCUUUGUCUCAGUCUUCCACAAAGAGCAAGCCGUCCACUUCAUCAACGAAGGCUCCUUCUCCGUCAAGAAAACCAAGCAAGACAAAAGCUUCAGGUCCUGCAGCGAAGCCAUCCCCGCCGCCCAAAAAGCCAUCUGAAGCCGGUAAAAAGCAAUCGCCACCGAAGACUGCUACUCGCGCCAAAGACAUCUCGCCCAAAACUGAGUCCCAGUCCGCCAAGGUCACUUCGCAGGCGAAAUCAACACCAACACCGAAAGCAUCGCCCACCGACCCGGCCCCGCAGUUAGACAUGUCGACUCCAGCACCAGUUGUCACACCUCCAAAGACGGAAGCUAAGUCGCCUAGGAAGUCGAGUACGUCGUCUAGAACGACGCCGUAAUAAUAGUGGCAGUAGCUUUUAGUUGGUAUAAUUGCAAAUCUGAUAUCAGAAUAACGGAUAAAGAUGGAUCAUGUAUUGGUAGGAAUUGUACCUGGAAGACUGGGAGUACUUGGCGAUUAAUCUGUUUUUUUAUCAUGGGCAUCUUACAUGUAAUUUUGUUUUCCUUCCAUAAACGUAACUCCUAAAUCUGAUUAUUCGACCAAGGUUGAUUUAUUAAAACCAGUGGUAUUAAUUAA